AUGGUCUCUCCGAUGGUUGGCCGGCUGGCCAUGCGACAAUCGAGGUUCCUGCUCCAGCGCCGCGCCGCCUCGACCACAUCCGAGGCCACCCAGGCUGUCUCCAAGGGCGCGACUGCAGCGAAAGAGACUGCCCAAAGCACUGCCUCCAAGGCCCAAGAAGGCCUCUCCAAGGUCACAAGCUCAGCGGGACCUGCUAUCAGUAAGGCAGCAUCCAGCAUCUCCAGCUCCCUCUCUCGCGUUGGCGGACGAACCGGCGCCGUCAUCAGCUGGGCACAAGGUAAGACCUGCAUUCCACGCCAGAGCGAUACAUGCGCUGACCGGGAACGUGAAGGCCUCGUCCCACAUGUGGUGUAUUACGGUAAAGUCGCAGGAGAGCUGGGUAAGAUCAUCUACACUGGCCGAAGCAUGCAGCCGCCGUAAGCGCACCCAAUCUACAAUCGACAUGUACAGCCAUUGACCUCAGCAGGACCCUGCAAACUGUUCAAUCCUACCUGCAGCCCGUUACGAACGCGGUCCGAAACCCCUCCGGCCUGGGAUCGCAGACCGCCAAAGCCGCCGAGCGAUCAGCAGAGGCCGCGAUCAACAGCCCGCAAUCUGUCAUGACCCGGCUCAGAAAUCUCGAUACCGCCACAUUGACAUCUGUCGGUAUCAUUACAGCGGAGACCAUUGGCUUCUUUUCGGUGGGUGAGAUGAUCGGACGUUUCAAGAUUAUCGGCUACAGAGGUGGUAGUCAAGAGCACCAUUAG